GUCCCAUAAAGUAGCACCACCGUUUUCCUCUCCAACCAGCUUUUCGUUUGGUACGACACUACUAAAUUUAAAAAAAAUGUAAAAAGAAAAAAAAUUGGUUGGAGUAACCGGUUACCACCACAACUCUGCAGUGACCGGUUACCACCACAACCAAUCCCACCACCACAACAAAACAACGGGAAGUGACCCAACACAACACAACCACUCUCUUGUUCUCUGUUUUGUUCCAAUCUUCCUUCGCAAGCCGCACUUCACCACCGCCACAGAAACAGAAAUAAAUAGAUCACCACCGCCACCAACAACCACCACCACCACCACCGCUAAAAUCCCUAAUUUGCUCAAAUUAGGGUUUCGGAAAAUGGAUCAAUCGUUUCUCGUCAUGCUGUCGAAUCUCCUCCACCUCCACAACUCCCUUGAUCCCACCACCGACACUCUCUCCUCCGCCACCUCCGCCACCUCGCUCCUCUACUCCUCCUCCAUUGCGCCUCUCCUCUUCUUCACCAUGGCCUCCGUUUUGUCCUACGUCGCCUCCACCAAAGCCAACAACGCCUCCGACAACCGCGAAGGCAACCACCGCCGCCAGCCCGCUCCCAACGCCUCCGACUACUCCGUCUCCGCCUUCCGCGCCCUCUCCACCGAGCACAUAUGGUCCCUCGAAGCCCCUCUCCGUGACGCUCACUGGCGCUCCCUCUACGGCCUCUCAUACCCAGUUUUCACCACCGUCGUCGACAAGCUCAAACCCCACAUCGCGCUCUCCAACCUCUCUCUACCUUCCGACUACGCCGUCGCGAUGGUUCUCUCCCGCCUCGCUCACGGCCUCUCCGCCACCACCGUCGCCGCGCGUUACUCCCUCGAUCCCUACCUCGUUUCCAAGAUCACCAACAUGGUCACGCGCCUCCUCGCCACCAAGCUCUACCCUGAGUUCAUCAAGAUCCCCGUCGGCCGUCGCCGCCUCCUGGAAACCACCCAGGCCUUCGAGGAACUCACCUCACUCCCCAACAUGUGUGGCGCCAUUGACACUAGCCCUGUAAAGCUCCGGUCAACCCCCACCUCCAACCCCGCCACCUACCUCUGCCGCUACGGGUACCCCUCCGUUCUCCUUCAGGUUGUGUCCGAUCACAAGAAGAUCUUCUGGGAUGUUUGCGUUAAGGCUCCCGGCGGCACCGAUGACGCGACCCAUUUCAGGGAUAGUCUUCUCUACCACCGUCUCACCUCCGGGGAUGUGGUUUGGGACAAGGUGAUCAAUGUGAGGGGUCAUCACGUUCGGCCUUAUGUGGUUGGUGAUUGGUGCUACCCUUUGUUGCCGUUUUUGCUGACACCGUUUUCACCCAGUGGGAUGGGUACUCCUGCACAGAACCUGUUUGAUGGAAUGCUCAUGAAGGGAAGGUCUGUGGUGGUGGAAGCAAUUGCAUUGCUCAAAGGAAGGUGGAAGAUACUACAAGAUUUGAAUGUGGGGCUUCACCAUGCGCCGCAAACGAUUGUUGCUUGUUGUGUGCUGCAUAACUUGUGUCAGAUUGCGAGGGAACCGGAACCAGAGCUGUGGAAGGAGCCUGAUGAGAGUGGACCUCAACCCAGGGUGCUGGAUAGUGAGAAGUCCUUUUAUUUCUUUGGGGAAAGCUUGAGGCAAGCACUGGCUGAUGAUUUGCACCAAAAGCUAUCCUCAAGAUAGUUACUUACUUCAUCACUUGGAUUGUCCUCAGGGUGAAGUGAAAAGCCCUUUGAUGGUGAUGAUGAUGUAGAGUAGAUUUUUGGCUUUGUUUUUUGCAGUUGUAGGAUGCGUAUCAGUGUAAUUUUAAUUUGGAACAACUUAUGAGCUUGUGAUUAGUAACUAUUUGUAGAACUAGAAUACAGGAUGUCAGGAUUUGAUUGUGGAUGUGGUGUACUCUACUAACAUUGGAUUUAAAUGGAGUUGUUUUCUGACA